GAUUUUAGCAUCAAUUAAUAAAACUAUUCAACUCACUUAAGCCUGCACAAAAACAACUUAAUAGAAGAUGCCUUCCAAGAGGCUUCAAUGGAGAUCCUUAGUACUUGGUUGUUUCAAGGCCACCAAGAACCAAUCCUUGGAAUCUCCAAACAUAGUUUCCAAGAAAUCAUCUUCAAGUAGAAUCUUCCUUUCUGAUUUAAGCCUAAGCGAUUAUUCAUCAGUUUCUAUCAUGAGUGAUUUGUCCAAUUCUCUCGUGGGAUCAAAUCUUCGUAUUUUCACCUACCAAGAGCUCUCUGAGGUUACACACAACUUCAGCAAAUCCAACUAUCUUGGGGAAGGUGGGUUUGGGAAGGUGUAUAAAGGAUUUAUUGAUGACAAUCUUAAACGUGGAUUGAAAGCUCAGACUGUGGCAGUUAAGGCCUUAAACUUGGAUGGAAAACAAGGCCACAGAGAGUGGUUGGCUGAAGUAAUCUUUCUGGGGCAAUUGAAACAUCGCCAUCUGGUUAACUUAAUUGGCUACUGCUGUGAAGAUGAGCAUAGGCUUCUUGUGUAUGAGUACAUGGAGAGGGGCAAUCUAGAGGAAAAGCUUUUCAAAGGUUAUUUAGCAGCCUUGCCUUGGCUAACAAGAAUCAAAAUAGCAAUUGGGGCCGCAAAGGGACUUAUGUUUCUUCAUGAAGAAGAGAAACCAGUCAUAUAUAGAGAUAUCAAGGCCUCAAACAUUCUAUUAGACUCUGAUUACAAUCCCAAGCUCUCUGAUUUCGGUUUAGCAAUAGAUGGACCGGAAAAAGACCAAACACAUAUCACGACUCAUGUGAUGGGUACACAUGGUUAUGCUGCCCCUGAGUACAUCAUGACAGGCCAUUUGACAACCAUGAGUGAUGUAUAUAGCUUUGGAGUUGUUCUCCUAGAGCUCCUCACAGGAAAGAAGUCUGUGGACAAGAAAAGACCCACCAGAGAGCAGGAUUUGGUGGAAUGGGCAAGGCCAUUGUUGAAGGAUUCCCAUAAACUAGAAAGAAUAAUGGACACAAGACUUGAGGAUCAGUACUCAACUGAAGGGGCUAGAAAAUUUGCAGCCUUGGCUUAUCAAUGUCUUAGCCAUCAUGCAAAGGCUAGACCCACCAUGAGAACCGUGGUUAGGACCUUAGAGCCUCUAUUGGAACUGAAAGAUAUCCCUGUAGGUCCUUUUGUCUAUGUGGUGCCCAGUGAAGAAGACAAAACCAAAGUGAAUGAAAAUGACCAUGUUGAGAUCAACCAAGGUGAGUUAAAAACCAAAGAAAAAGAAGAAAAGGGUCACCACCGGCAACGAAAAAGUCGUCGCAAUAGACGUCGUGUUAAGCCAUUGAGGUCUCUUACUGCUCACUCUGACACUGCUCUGUAUAAAACUCUUGGUACAAAUCUGUACUCUCCAAAACAAGCACAAUAAAGUGAUGGACAUGGACCAGUGUUUGCAUCAUCCAUCUUCAUUUCUUGGUGAUAAUACAAUCAUAGCUAUUCAUAGGGAGAUUAAAAACUUUGGUCAAAUUCCUUGUAUAUUUUUACCAUAAAGUUCUCAAAUUAAACAACAUGUACAUAGUUUUUUCAACUUUAAACAGCUCCGUUAAAAAUGUGGUGGAAUUUUGAUAAAAAUAAAAAACAAAUCACGUGGCAAUAUUUAAUUUGAGAACUUGAUGGUAAAAAUAUAAAGAAUUUGAUGUUUUGUUUAUGUAAACGCAGACAUCGUAGGAGAAGAUAGGGAAGUGUAUUAUUGUAAGUCAUACAGCUCAAAGUUUUUUUGUUUUUUGUGUAGUUUGAUUUUGAUGUUUUCUUUGCAGAAAUUCCACAUGUUUUUUUUGAGGACUGAUGUUACAUGCGCCUAAAUUUUGCCCA